UAAAGAGUAUAGCUAAGCUAGCUAUGUUUUAAAACGGCUUUAACUCAAAAAUGUGGAAAGGUUUAUAACAGCCAAUAUAUAUAUAUAUAUAUAAAAAAAAUAAAACUGUCAUUCGACUUACUGUAAUACAGACCUAUAAAUAUAGUAACUAUACAAUAAAAUGCUGCCUGUAAGUCUGUAGAAAUCAGUUAUGUCACAAGCUAAAUGCAUAGCCUCCGGGAGGUGUUUUGCUCAGCGCGUGGGGGCUAUAUGGGGAGAAAGAUAGAAAGCGAUAGAUAAGUGCGUGUGUGUGAGUGUGAUAAAGACCGAGACUGGCUGUGCAUGGACUGAGGAUUUGUUGUACACUUCUAAAGAAAGUACAGCUCGUAUGACCACGAAACACAUUACGCUGGAGCGCUGCGCGGCUUUGCAUGAGCUGGCAGCACGGACCCUUUUAUCCUGAUUAAGUAACGGCCGGACAAGCGACAGGCAGCCCUACAGCACCUCAGCCGGCAUUUGUGCAAGAAGUGAAGGGCAAUCUAACGAUAAAGGGACAGAACGCCGGUUGACUGUUUAUUUAGAAGUGCUGUCGAGCAGAAACAACAUCUCCUUCCUGGAAAAGAGCUCGUGCAAGACCCCACAGAACCGCAAUGCGCUUGUCGAGCGAAGAGCCGCUUAAACCAGCACAACUGCACUUAACAUGGGCGAAAACAAGAGGAAUUAGCUGUCACACAGACAGCUGAAUCGUGAAAAAUAUUCUCUGUUCCGCUUCUGAGGUAAAACACCGCCGUGAGACAGCGCGAUAUGGCAGUUUUCGAGACAAUCUAAUAAUGUACAUCUUCAUAUGAGACAGCACGCGAUAAUCUAACCGAUGAAUUAUGGAAGCGGAACAUGAAUAAUAUACCGAGGGGGUGACGCUCGGAUUCAGAGACCGGCCGGUGCACGACCGUGUCCCACAUGACCUACUUUCAAAAGCUUUAAUGCAGGAGAGAUGCAGCCGCAGUGAGAAGCAAAGGAGACCUUCAGCACUGAAAAACAAGCUCGCUGUUUGCUCACAUGUGUGACCGAAGUCGUGUGGACCUCAGAGAUUCUGCUGCGCUGAUAACAUUCGAAACUUGAACUAACGGAAAAAAGGGACCCUGGAGCCAUUGACCUUUGCACUUGCAAUAGCACUUGGAUUAUUUCUGCUGUUGGGAUUUAUAUUGAGCCUUGGGAUUCCAGCUAAAAUCUGCACAUGAACCCAAUAAAUGCUUCUAAAGGAUUAUUACAAUGACAAACACAAAUGUGUCUCUGUGAUGUCAUAGUUUGCUAUAGUCGAGCGUUAUGUAAGCAAUACUAGUUAUUUCAUGACUACCUACAAUAUUGUAGUGCUAACUAUGCAUGUUAGCAGAUUUAUGAAUCUAAGUCAAUAAUGAUUCUAAGCUCAGGAGAUCUUUUUAUCGCUAAUCUGUGAAUUUAUCUUGAGGUCCAAUCAUGUGGUCGUUGCCAUUAGUACGUCACACUGAUGUUCCACAGAGAGUGACUGAGAGCUUCAUUUUGUCUGGUUAUCGCUUCCCGAACUACAGCCUACGGCAAUGUCUAGCCUCCGCUUUUCAUCCCACCAAUGAGACUGGAAACUUCUGGACACACUUCCUCCCCAUUUUUGUGUUUGCCUUCCACUUUCUGGAGGUGUUCACGUGGGAAGGAGCGCCAGAACCUGGCAGUCCUUUUUUCUACCCCUUCUGGAACUACUUCCUGGGGGUGUUGUACCUGCUGCUAGCCAGCAGUCUGGCUCAUCUUCUCAACUCCAUGUCGCUCAUCAUUCGUGAAAUCUGUUUCUUUGUGGACUAUGGAACUAUCAGUGCGUAUACGGUGGGUUCCUCGCUGGCAUAUUACUACUACAUCCAUCCUCAAGCAGGAAUUCCAGAGAUUGGAUUCGAAGGCCAGAACACUUCCCAAAGGAAGAGGCUGAACGCUGAUGAAGAGACUUGGAACUCUGCAUCUUCUCCCACUCUGUUGCAGCUGUUCUUUGAAAGCCUCUACAUCCCAUCCACCUGUCUGGUUGCUAUCAUAUGCGUCCUCACCUGCUGCAACACCAGACAACGCUGGCGGAAGUACCGCUAUGCUGUCCGCACCCUCGUCUUCCUCCUUCCGUUUUUCAUCUCCUCCACUCCUGUCUUCUACCGUCUCCUGAGUUCCUCCGCAAACUCCACAUCAGCCUCCACCCCUCAUCUGUUUUGUACUAUGGCUGCCUUCUUCUACCGCCACUGCUUUUGGCUGGUGGUAUCUGCCAUCUUCAAUAUCAGCAAGAUCCCAGAGCGUUUUUCUCCAGGGAACUUUGAUAUCUGGGGUCACAGCCAUCAGUGGUUCCAUUGCUGCACUUUCCUGUCAAUUUUGGAUGAGCUGCAGAUGAUCAAAGUGGAGAUGCGAGCCCUGCUUCUCAACCCAGCGUUGGUACUAUCACCUGUAAUACCACCUAGGCUCUCUGGCCCAACAUUCUGGUCCACCUAUGGGAUCAUGGUGCUCCUGCAGGGGUGCAUAGCGAGCAUCAUAGCCUUGUUUGGCUGGCAGGCAUAUCAGAUCUUCGCACCAGAGCAAAAAAAGCUUAAGGGAGAUUAGGAGGCACCAUGACAUGGUGGUCAGGUUUAAAGCAUUUUGGACUUUUCCUUCUAACAAUGUUAUAACAAUGUUGAUUUCUGCUAUGUGAACUGCUGUCAUUUCUUCAUUUUAAAGGGUUCACCCAAAAAUGAAAAUUAUGUUAUUAAAUACUCACCGUCAAACUCUUAAAGGAUGAGUUCACUUUCAAAUACACUUUUCCUGAAUAUUUACUCACCCCAUUUGACACUGCAAUAUCCUCCAAACGGUUGAAGGUCAAAAUUACAGUUUCGGUGCAGCUUCAAAGGGAUUUAAAC